AUGGAACAGAAGAAGAACAUACUUGCAUAUGUUGACAAUUUACAUAAUAUGAUAAAUAGAGUUAUUCUUACACCUAUGAAUGAAUGUGUUGAUUAUAUUAACAAGAUUUUACUCGAACAAAUUCCCGGUGAUUUUUCCACAUACUAUAGUUUUGAUGAAGCAAUUGACAAAUCGGAACAAAGCUUGCACGAAGAUUUCUUGAAUACUUUGACACCAAAUGGUAUUCCACCGCAUGAAUUGAAACUUAAGGUAAAUUGUCCUGUAAUGUUAUUACGGAAUAUUAAUCCUUCCGAAGGAUUAUGCAAUGGAACACGCCUUACUUGUCGAAAAUUUGAGAAAAACGUAAUUCUUGCUGAAAUUACAACUGGUGAGUAUUGUGGGAAAUAUGUUUUCUUACCAAGGAUCCCUUUUAUACCUCUUCAAAGUGAUCGAAACUCAAUUCAAUUUAAGAGAACUCAAUUUCCAAUUAGACCGUGUUUUGCAAUGACAAUAAAUAAAGCACAAGGUCAAACACUUGAUUUUGUUAGUCUAUAUCUUCCAGAACCAGUUUUCUGCCGUGGUCAGCUAUAUGUAGCAUUAUCAAGAGCAACAACGAGCACAUCUCUAAAAGUUUUAUUGAAACCAUCAAGCAUGGACAACUCACAUAAUAUAUGUACUAAAAAUAUUGUGUACAAGGAAAUUCUUUCGUUUAUACAUUCAUAUACCUAA